ACGCACAGUGCCGGCUCGGAGAAGGUGGGGUAGAACCCUUAGUGGCGGAAGCGACUGGAGUCGGGCGGGUCCCCGGUGCAGCGCGCUCCUCGGCUUAGGUGGAUUUUUUUCCCUUCCCCUUCCCUGUUUCCCCCCCCGCUCCUCCUCCUCCUCCCCCGCCCGGCUUCCGUACCCCCUCCUCACUAUCGCCAUCGCCAUGAUCCUGCUGGAGGUCAACAACCGCAUCAUUGAGGAGACGCUCGCGCUCAAGUUCGAGGGCGCGGCCGCUGGAAACAAACCAGAGGCAGUAGAAGUAACAUUCGCAGACUUUGAUGGAGUUCUUUACCAUAUUUCCAAUCCAAAUGGUGAUAAAACAAAGGUUAUGGUCAGUAUUUCUCUGAAAUUCUACAAAGAGCUCCAGGAACAUGGCGCUGAUGAGUUAUUAAAGAGAGUGUAUGGAAACUACUUGGUAACUCCAGAGUCGGGUUACAAUGUCUCUUUGUUGUACGAUUUGGAAAACCUCCCGGCUACCAAAGACUCCAUUGUCCACCAAGCAGGCAUGCUGAAACGCAACUGUUUUGCUUCGGUGUUUGAGAAAUAUUUCAAGUUCCAAGAGGAAGGCAAAGAUGGAGAGAAAAGAGCAGUCAUCCACUACCGAGAUGAUGAGACAAUGUACGUGGAAUCAAAGAAGGAUCGUGUCACAGUGGUUUUCAGCACAGUAUUUAAGGAUGACGAUGACGUUGUGAUUGGAAAGGUGUUUAUGCAGGAAUUUAAGGAGGGGCCGUCGUGCAAGUCACACAGCCCUCAAGUGCUCUUCAGUCACAGGGAACCUCCCUUGGAACUGAAAGAUACAGACGCAGCAGUUGGAGAUAAUAUUGGAUAAUCACAUUUGGUAACCUUUGUUGUUAUUUCCCGCCAUACCAAUGCUGCCGCAAGAGAUAAUACCAUAAAUCUGAUCCACACAUUCCGGGACUACCUGCACUAUCACAUCAAAUGCUCCAAGGCUUACAUUCACACGCGCAUGAGGGCAAAAACAUCAGAUUUUCUCAAAGUGCUGAAUCGUGCCCGGCCUGAUGCAGAAAAGAAAGAAAUGAAAACAAUCACGGGGAAGACCUUUGCGUCCCGUUAAAGCCUGAGGCAAGGUGGAAUCGAACAACUGCGGUAGAAGGCUGGAGCACUUGCUACCUGAUAAUCGUAGCUUUUUAAUAUUGCACCUCUCUGGGCUCUUAAGGAAGUAAUCGGGUGAUGUUUUCUACACAAGUUUGGAAAGUGAUCUGUGGCAUCGAGCUGUGCUUGCAAGGACUUAAUUAAAAAAAUGAAACAUCCUUUAAUUCCAUUUUGAUCCAUUUUCUUUCUUUUCUUUCCUCCUUCCCUCUCCCCUUUUUUCAAGCUGUUUUGCUUUGCAAUAUGUUUACCGGUUAUGAGUUGCAGUAUUUCUUAUGGUAACAAUGCAAUAUUAACUUGUUUUUCUUCCAAGUAUUUUGAGUUCACAAUUCCUGUAUCUGAAGAAAUAUUGUUGGGUUCAUUAAUAAAGGAGAUCUUUCUAUCUUA